GACCAUAUGUACUACACGUCUACGUGGUGAAAGAACUCUAAAGAUUCAUUCAAAACAAGAAUUCCAAGACAUAAGAACGUUUGUUGAACAUAAUCGAACGUUUGAUCAUCGAAAAUUYGAUCGUUCGAUCAAGAGAGAUAUCGCGGUAAAACGAAGCCGUUUAGCUAGAAGGCGCGUAUAUUUAUCAAAAAUCAAGAUAAUCCAUUUUGAUUAAUGGGCCAAUAUCAGCAACAAAAUACUCCUACAGAAUAAGCUUCCAUUUAACAAAUAACCAACUACCAAAUAGCACUUAAUGAAAGGAACAGGGCUAAUAGCCGACCUUAUGCUCCCCGUCUUUGCUGCAAUCUAGUCCAAUAGACAAAAUUCACAGUUUUGACACCAUUUCCUGGCAAAGUCCUGCUGUGGAAAGUYCACCUUAAWUGCAACAUUUCUGGAAGGGGGUCCAUGCUACCAUGGUAUCCUUACCUUAGUUCCCUGGCCAAUUUUAUGCAUUUGACAGAUCCCCAGACGUUGGUUUCUUACGUAAAUGACAUUCUUAAUUGAACAAGUGACUUAAUACAUUCACCGACGCAACCAAGAACACGCUCAUCACUGCCAGAAKGGACUUCCAACAGUAUCUAUCUCGUCUAGAAAAUUGAUGUGGAAUCUUAAAGAGRUCUACUACAAACUCAACUGAGAAAUAGCUGGACAUAAAAGUUUGGACUCAACCGGAGGUAGCAACAAUUCUAUAUUAUUUCAUAGUGAAUUUGACAGCCAUGCGCGCCUAAUUCGACAACAUCAGAUUUGAGCAAAUGAAAAGGCAGAGGUCUGUGGAAAUAGAAUUGAAAAAGUAAAUCUUUGGUUUUGAUCUUCAAGAGGGAAGAAUAUUGCAGCAGUAUUUUAGUGUGUAUUUCCAGAGGGAGUUUUAUAUCGCUUUUGAUCAAGGAAGAGCGAGUUUUAUUAGCAAGAACUGUCACAUGUGUCGAUAACCACGCGAAUACUAAGCCAACUUAAAAACAUUUACUCGAAUCUUCAGUACUAUGGAGAGUAUAACAAUAGCGAGUAUUAUCGUGACGGGAAUUGUGCGUUUAAAUUCCAAAAAAUCAACUUAUUGAGAAACACAAGAGAUCAAAUCAACAACGGAGAUUUUUUUGGAAAUUCGGUGUCAAAUUUCUUGCCGAUUUUUACGAGCUCCUACGCUUAAAAAAAAACUUAUAUUUAUCUUGAUCUGACAAUUCAAAGACAUCUCUUCAGCGUGUAUUUAUCAAGAAUUCACAAGGUGGAAAAAUUUGAUUAUUUAUCAAAGACAGUUUCAUAUGAUACAGCAAGACUUGUUCAUAUGAAAUUAUUGAGAUUCUUUAAAUGAGUUUGACAUGGAUUUGAUKUAGUGACUAGCACACAAUGGAGGAUUUGACUCGUUCUUUCGACGCAUCGAAUCCUAGUGAAAAAGUUGUCAUUAAUGUCGGAGGUCUUCGCCAUGAGACGUACUCCAAUACUCUUCGUAGCAUCCCCGAUACUCGGCUSUACUGGAUCACCGAAAACCCCACACAGCUCGCMGAAUACGACCCGAACUCCAACGAGUAUUUCUUUGACCGCCAUCCGGGGGUUUUCGCGCAAGUUUUGAAUUUUUACCGUACCGGAAAACUCCACUGUCCAAACGAUGUAUGUGGCCCACUAUUUGAAGAAGAYCUUGCUUUCUGGGGAAUCGAUGAACUACAAGUAGAACCAUGUUGCUGGUUGAAUUAUAAAAAACACAGAGAAGCACAGGCACACCUCGAUCCCUUUGAGACCAGYGACUCUGAUGGGGAAAGCGUUGAYGARAUGGACAUGACGAUUUAUGGUCUUGUAGGGGACUCUAUACGAAAGAGAAAUCGAACUUGGUGGAAACAAUAUCAGCCUAAAAUAUGGACAUUAUUUGAAGAGCCAUACUCCUCCAUUCCAGCUCAGAUCAUUGCGUUUAUAAUCCUGUUUUUAAUCAUCACAUCCGUGGCGAUCUUCUGUCUUGAGACUGUGCCUUACUUCAAUGAGCCCGAUAGCACACCAAAGAACGUUAUCUUCUACAUCGAGGCUUUCUGUGUUGCUACAUUCACACUAGAGCUUACUACAAGACUAAUAGUMUGCCCCAAUAAACUUGCUUUCCUAAAGAUGKCCAUGAAUUGGAUCGAUUUCUUUGCCAUUUUACCUUUUUACCUCCAAGUCAUGCUCAAUAAAUCAGAUAUUCAAACCAUGGUCGUGUUUCGUGUCAUAAGACUGGUYCGAGUUUUCAGGAUAUUUAAACUUUCCCGCCAUUCCUACGGUCUUCAGAUUCUUGGACACACGCUCAAGUCAAGCUGUAGUGAYCUCUUUCUACUCGCUUUCUUUCUCUCAAUCGGAGUUGUUAUAUUUUCAAGUAUAAUCUACUACGCUGAAAAGGACGUAGCAAAAUCACAUUUCAAGACCAUCCCCCACGGGUUUUGGUGGGCUGUAGUUACCAUGACGACGUUGGGGUACGGAGACAUGGUACCGUUGACUUGGCAAGGACAAAUCGUGGGCUCACUUUGUGCGGUCAGCGGUGUAUUGAUGAUUGCACUUCCGGUUCCGGUAAUAGUGAGUAACUUUUCCUUAUACUAUUCGCAUGCAAAGGCCCGGAUGAACUUACCGAAGAGGAAAKGACCGCUUAUAUUCGGAGCUGCGUCGGCCCUUCGGGUUGCACAGCCGUUUGCUGUAAGUGAACACAAACCGAAUGUUAUCACACAGCUUAUGGAGGAAGGAGGUCGUGACGACGAUGAUCCCGACAACCCGACUAUGACCCGACGAACUCCUCGCAGCUCAGGACGGUUCAGUCCGUUACAGCGUAAUCGAUCACCUCGAACGAUACAGCAUGCMCCUGGCAUCACCCCCAGGGCUUCCCCUCGUGGAUCGAUUGCAAGCCCACCWGAACAAAGCAAAAAUGGAACCCUWGUCAUUCCCGACAUUCAUAGCAGGCCUGCUGAACCAGAAGAGRAUCAGCAUAAUCAGAAACCCUCGGUUGUACCUAAACCUAUCCCUCAGGUGGUGCUGUCWUGCAGCGGUGAAGUGAACCCCCCGGAAACAACGCCUUUACCUAASCCACCAGUAUCGCUUAAACUCAGCGAGACGGGYAGUGUCAUGUCGUUGAAUGAAAAGUCCGAUAGAUCGACAGUAAGCAAGAAGCGUGCCAUUCAGAGUAAGUCUUUGUCAGCGGACUCAAGUCACGGUUCACCKAGAGGACGUCGCGGUCGUCGUGGCAGUAUUUAUAUUGUUGGCUUCACGGCGAAACAUUGGCAAAACAAGGCAUUAAACAAAACAAAAACAGAGAGAAAGAUUCUAUCAGCUGACAARAGUAGGGACAGGGAMGACAGUAAGUCACGUGGCUUUUAUCAUUCGUUGAGCUGUGAGACGUGUGAUAACAGAAAGGCGCGCUCUGCCGAGGUGCUUCUUCGUUCCGAACUUGAAGUACAUGACACAAAUAUACAAGUCAAACCUGUGGAGCCAAGACGUGACAGCGUGACAAUCCAACAUAAUCCACCUAGCGUUACACCUAAAAGUCUGUCAAGAAUGUCAUCUGGGACUCAAACUGCAGGGGUCUCGUCUACUCCCUCUCCGAGGACUACUAGGGCUAAAUCAGAUACAUGCAAUGUACCUAAACACUUGCAAGAUCCAAGAAAAACAACAAAGUCUCUAGCAGAUCAUUCAGAUGAUUCUCUGUGCGUCCACGGUUAUCUUAACCAGCGUCGGGGAUCAUCGCCAUUACGACGUCAGCACGCCGUGUUUACAUUUGACGUCACAGAGCCGUCACCGGAAGUAAACCCUCAGAGCAAUAAGCUUGCUCCUGUGACCGUUGUUCACCAGGCCACCUCUCCUACUUUACCUUUAGAAACUACUUCAAGCACAUUUGAUACAAAGACAAGCGAAUCACGUGAUAUCACAAUAUGCGAGUCACGUGACACAGAAUCUUGCGAGUCACGUGAUACUAAAAGGCGCAAGUCAAAAGAUUCAGGCACGUCCCAGUCGCGUGAUGAGGACAAAAGUAGGGAAACACCAUCRCCUCCCUUAAUUGACGGCAGAAGAAACUCAGGGCGGAAUGGGAAAAUUCGUCCAAAGUCUAUGCCAGUUUCGAGUUACGUCAACGUAUCAUAUCAAAAAGAAGACGACGACACACAGUCACAACGGCUGAGAUCGUCAUUACAGGAACAGAAUUACGAUGGGAAUAUGAAAGAUGAGAAUGAUGAAGAGGAAGAUGAGAAACAAAAAGACUCUCCCAUUGUGCAGAAACGUAGUUUCCAGCCUUAUCGAAAGGACGGUAUUGUCAAUAUWAUCCCAUCAUUGACUCACCCUGAASAAACGGAUCAAAUACAAGACGAUAUUGASGAUGAUCAYUAUUCCAGGGGGAGGCGAACGCCACUUGGAUCCGUGUCCAAUGCAAGCCUGCCGUCUAUUUCUGAAGAACAAGAUAAUAACAAAGACAUUGACUCUUUAAAAAUAGUAGCGCAUGAGCAGUACAAGCUCCACAGACCGCAGUCCAUGCCCUUGGAAGUCAACGAAYGCUCACAUGAGCCAGCACCGAAUAUCAACCGAUCGUCGAGUGUACCUCUUAGUCCAGCAGCCAAGCACGACAAACAAAAGACAUUGCUUCAACGACGGCAGGGACCAGACUUGUCAUUGGGAAGCCCUCAAACCAUGCAGAUGAAUCAGUUAGACGUAAUAAAUUAUCCCUGGUUUCAAAGAGUUUUAAAUUCGUCAAACUUCUUAAGAGUGAACCCUAUUGACGACCAGAUCACUUCCGCUUUAAGUCCCAGUCCUCUACUGAGUAGUGAGCUGCCGCUGAGCGCUGAUGAUCGCUUGCUCUAUUCUCCUCAUACUCCUCCGUCAUUGAAUACACCCUCGACACGCGACAUGGCUACCUCACCCUUUAUUACAGUUUGGGAUGAAACCGAUGAGCCCUUGGARYUGCCCUCUUUGAAACAACAUCAGUCAAACUCAAGAAAUACAAAUUCAGAGUUUGGAAGUCUUGACAGUGACGUCAGGAGAAGGUCUCCSGAUGUYGAACUACAACCGAUAUCUCGUGUCGAAGACCAGGCUGGUAGAGAGUAUGCUCUGUAUGCUAUUCCGACAGGCUUAGAUGGAUCGGUGUUCUUUUCCCGAACUAACUCCGAGGACGGUGAGAACUCUGAAAUUCAAAUGAGAACUAAACGAAAUAUAUAUCAAGGUUCUUCGGAAACGUUCGGACUUCCCUCGGAAGUGAUUCGAGAUAUUUCCGCCAAUGCGCGYUCAGCUUCUGAGAGGAAUCAAUAUCAAGAUGGUUGUACGGGAACUGUCGGACUUUCCUCGGACGUAAUUCGGGAUAUUUCCGUCAAUUCUCGUUCCAAUUCGGAAAGGAUUCGAGAUCAUUCCGAUGAAACGAAAUCAAGACGAACGGAACACGAUCAUUCAACGAAAGAUGCGUUAGGCAACCCACGUGACAAUAAUGGCGGUAAGGUGAGAAAUCGCUCGAACUCUCCGCGKUUGCAGCGCUCUGAUAAUAGUGUUAUCUACAACGGACAUGAACCCUUGCAACAAAAACUCUCAGGAAACCUUUUCAUCACCAAAAGACCGGCAAGUCUACCCUCGCCUGAUCGUCGGAAGGCGAGAUUAUUUUUCGGUGACUCUGGUAUAAGUAGUGUCGGUAGCGGGAGCACGACAUCGAUGUCACACUCUCUCGAUCUCGAUAUCGAAUCGAAAGAACGCAAAGAAACUGCUGCUAACAUUUUAAAUCCCAUUAAAGAAACAGAUGUGGAGAACCCGAAUGGUGGUCGAUCAACAAGUCGUAGCGACCCCGGUAAACCGACCGCCGUGAACAUCAUGUUACCAUCAGUUCGACUACGUGAGAAUUCAACUGUUAUAGACAUUCUAACGAAUUCAGAUAUGUACGAGGCUAGUUUAGUAUGAUAGCUGGGUAGUCAGUUAACAGGUCGUAAUAGCCCCCGUAAACCGACCUCAGUGGUAUUCAUAAAGCCGUGAAAUAAACUUCUACUCUCUACACUUCGUUUCACGGGUUUGUAAAUACCAAUGUAAAAGGAUUCAUCAUACAGUCACUGGAAGAAAUUCUGAACUUUUAGUUAGAAAACUGGAAAAGUAAUUGAGGAUUGGCUGCCUUUGGAUUUCGUGGUGUAUGAUUUAUCCUUUUAUCUGCUUCAACUAGACAACAAUAGUUCGUUAUCUCUACUAGUAUCUAUCAAUCAACGGUCCUUCUUUGUUGUGAUGUAAUGCUAUGCUCGGCAAAAUGCACUAUGCGAUUGAGAAAAACACAAACUAAAGCCAUGUUAGUUUUUUUUAUGAAAACAUAGUUUUUUUAUGAAAAACAUACUGGGACUAGUCUAGAGUUCAUCUAGUACACAGGUUUCUUAUUUAAUGUUUAUGGACAAGAGAUAACGUUAAUUACAAGCAAAUAAGCAAAGCCUUCGCAGCUUUUAUCAAUGAGACAUCCACCAUGUUGAUGUAUUUAUCAAAACCAAGCUGCACUUCAGCAAAAUAAACAUGACGUCAUCAAUACCAUGAUGCACUUCGCCAAAAAAACAUGACGUCAUCAAUACCAUGAUGCACUUCGCCAAACAAACAUGACGUCAUCAAUACCAUGAUGCACUUCGCCAAAGCAAGCAUGACGUCAUUGGUAAGAAGAGACGUGCUCGUAUUAGAAGAUGCUAAAAUACAUCUUCAAAUUUAUCUUUUUAAAAGUUAUCUAGAUGCAUGUAGUAAUAAUUGUAGGUGAUUGGAGGACAUGAAGCUGACAGUGUAAAUACGAAGACCUCCGUUAGAACUUAUAUUGUUAUCUAAUAAGCUUGUAAAAUUCUACAAUAACUAGACGAGAUAAUCAACAGUAUGUAAAUAUGACAUUAUAGAUUCAUUAUUAUAUUUUAAACCGAAAACACCCUUUUACAUUAUCUUAGGUUAACCAGAAUAGCAGACAUCCACGAGUUCAUUGCUCGCGGCUUGGGACUGUAAUUUCUGGUUAACGAGUGACAGCUGUCAAUCAAAAAUAUUGAAUUUAAUUCCACAGAUAUUAUAAUGAUAUGGAGUAUUUUGUCAUUGAAAAGAAGCUAUUUUAAUUUUCUAUAUUUUUCUUAUUGUUAACGCUGGCGUUUACGACGUGCAGCCAGCAUGUCAAAUCCGUGAAACAAACCUUUAAGAGCAUUAUAACUUACCUUAGGGUCGUGAAAACCGUGAAACAGGUUCUACAAGGUGUCUUAGUCUAGUGAGGAUUUUAGAUCCGCGAAAGAAUGUAUUACUCAAAAGAAAACAAUGGAAUUAUAGAAUUAGAGAUUGCUAAGGUGUGAAAAAAAAAACCCGUGAAACAAACCCUUAUAGUCAAAAACAAUGUACAAUAUCUGUCUUCACCAGGAUCACUGGUUAAAUGCCAACAUUAGUAUAUUAGCAUUAGUAUAAUCAAAUAUUUAUUAAUAUUAUAAGUAAAAUACUAAUAAAUUGAUAAAUACGUCUCA